UUUUCAGCAGCAAUAAAAGUAUUACCAAGUACUUUAAGAUGUUGAUUUUAAGGUUGGUAACAAUUAAUGAAAACAGAAAAAAAAUAAAAAAGGACAAAGAAUAGUUUCACGUGAGGAAAAGAGAACCGUAACUAAUGUCAAAACGGGUACUAUGUAUCCUAAAUAGUGUUCGAGUGAGAGAAGAGGGAGCGUGGAGGAGGAGAAUAGUAAAACCUCGCCGAGUUCCUGGGUCUACUGUUAGUCUUCCUUCAAACGAUGGAUUCAGCGGCAGUCAUCGCCACGCCUCUGGGCUCUGUCCCUCCCAGAAGUCAUCCCGCCUGUGAAGAAGUGAAAUAUGAAUUCCAGUGUUAUACAGACGAGAGACCUGAUUUUAGCCCUGUUAAAGAUGUCGGGAACUACAGAGAAAGAAUCAAGCCGUUUAGAAGGGCGUCGUCCGGGGGGAGGAGGUGUCUGGGGUUCGACAGAGGGCAACAUGUUGAUGGUCAUGCCCUGAAGGUAGCGUCAAAGAUAAUGAUGCUGAAGAACCAGGUGUGGCUCAGUCAGGAAGACUUGACGUUGAGAGAACCCCAGGACGUGUAUGCAAGUGCCGUGCCCGACGGGGCUUCUCCCCUCGGUGCACGCAUGCGUAUGGGCGAUAUACUGACUAACUCGAGUGUUCCCAAAUGCCCGUGGUCAGGGACCAUUUCUGACGAAGCCUCUGCAACAAUGACCAGGUUCUCCUCACUUGAGGCUCUUAAUGACUCCUCUCCAAUACCAAUUAUCCAAUCCACAGUUUUCAAAUCUUCAGAGAACAUCUCGUCCCCCUCCCCACCAAUAACCCAAGAAUUCUCAGCAAAGAAGAAAGUGCGAACAAUCUCACAUUCAAACUCUACAUCCUCGAGUACCUUAACACCGUCCUCAGAUGCAACUUUAAGUCCCGGGGAGUCAGUAGAGGUGCUAGGUGCUCCCUCAGUGACCAACUCUCCAGCUGCACGCUCCAUCAGCCCUAACCCAUCAUUCACACUAUGUCGGGGAGAUUCUGUGGACGGCCUCUUCAUCUCCUCUUCUUCCCCCACGCCGGAGUCUUCUCUGGAGCCUCUACACGUCGUGUCAUCACCCACUGAUUCGCAUCAAAGUCCAUUCCGCCGGCAGUUGUUCCAGUCUUUAAUGACGCGACAGUCGGCCCUGGUUGCGCGGGUCAGUCGACAGUCGUGUAGGCUCUUGGAGACUAUGCAAGUCGUAGCUUCCCUGGACUCCACAGCUCACGAGACUCAGGUCCAGGCCACAUCCUCUCAGCCACCUAAUGUAUCAGCAAAAUCACAGCAGGAAGACGUUACCCAGACAUCAUUAUUCAACGUCGGAGUUAGUGAAGAAACCAACAGUGAAUUGUCAAAGACUCUUUCGAACUUUCAAUGGGAGGAAACAAGCUCCCUGACCCUAGGAGAGGAACAGGAGUUCUCUUCUACCGGGAGGUUGUCCGAGCGGCUGGUGUCCAUAUGUGACUCCGGAGUGGGUUGGGACACAGACGACGAGAGACGAUCCCUCUCCAGAGGGUCGUCCUCCGCCUUCACCGAGGACAGUGAUGGAACCGUCGAGGAUGACCAAGUGUUAUGCGGGAACCGUGUAAGCCAGAUGACCAAGACUUACAAUGAUAUUGAUGCCGUGACCCGCCUUCUCCAAGAGAAAGAGAAAGACCUUGAACUUGCUGCCAAGAUCGGCCAGCAACUCUUGAACCGCAACAAGGUCUUAGAGGAGCGCAAUGCCAUACUUGAUGCAGAAGUGUCCGCAGCCAGUGACAAAAUUACACAACUCAAGCAUGACCUGCAGAUGAAAACAGACUUACUGCAGAUUUACACCAAUGAUGUAGACGACACCAGUAGUUGUGAAACAACUCCAACAGGCCUGCGGGUAAUUAAUGUUGACAUCCUACAACACCGAGUGAGGAACUUGGAAGAUGAAAACAGAACCUUACGCCAAGAGGCCUCCCAGCUGGCCACUGACACCCUGGAGUGUGAAGACAAAGAAAAAGAGCUGGUCACAGAUGUCAUCAAACAGCUUAGUGAUGCAAAUUUACAAGUCGGUCAACUUAGCGAAGAACUCGCAAGGAAAGUGGAGGAUUCUCUCCGACAACAAGAAGAAAUCACACACCUCCUCGCUCAAGUGGUUGACCUACAGUCCCGUAGCAAACGGCUGAUGGUUGAAAAUGAUGAAUUGGCCAACAUGGUGGGAGUGGCACGAGAUUGCCAGCAGGAGUUAACAAUGGAGUUGGCUGAACUAAAAGAAAAAUAUGCAGAAGUGCUCGACUUAUUACACGAUACACAAGAUCAACUUAGACGGGUGCAAAGGAAGAAUGUGCCAGGGAGUCGUGGUCACCAUCUCGGCAGCAGCCUCUUUAGUUCUCCUUUCAACUCUGGUGGAAAUGACUCCAUUGCCAGUGAACUCCACUCUCUUAAUUCCAUGGGUGAUGAGACAGGGAAGGGACCCAGCAGCAGUAUGCGUCGCACAUUUGACACCGUGCGUCUGACAGGCAAAUACGUUGGCUCAGGAUCACAGGGUUCUCUCAGUUCCUUGGGAUAUGGAGGAUCACUGCACUCCACGCCUACCCGCCAUCUGCACACCCCAUCACAUAUGGCAACUCCUACACAUAUGGCAUCCAGUGGGGGCACCUAUGCUAUGUCUUAUAUGGGUUCCCAAGGCUCAUCUGUCUAUUCUGGGGGAUCAGGACAUCCAUCUUUGGAUUCUGGUGCAGAUUCUGAUGCUUCUAUGCACACAGAUUCAGAGGAUAACUACCCAGGAAGCCAUUUAGGUGUACCUGGGUGGCCAGGGACACCAGAUCUAGACUCUUGCCUGCGUCGGCUUGGUCCUGGGAAUCGUUCAGGAACACCAUCACAGUUCUUACCUUAUGGAUGCCGUACUCCUGAUUCCAUCAUGUCAACAGGUAGUGGCAAGUCUGGUUUGAGCAACUUUGGCAGCAACAAUGCCAGUGACUGGAGAUUACCUCAAAAGUUGCAAAUAGUGAAGCCAAUUGAAGGAUCUCUGACCCUCCAUCAAUGGUCUCGUCUGGCAACACCUCAUCUUGGUGGCUUGUUGGAAGAGAGAGAAGGGGUUGCUAUCAAGGGUGGUGCUGGUGCUGAACAGUUGAAUCUGGAUGUGUACUCAAUGUCUGACCUGGAAGAGGAUGAAGUAGAAGAAGAGAAUCCAGGCAAGAGGUUCAUGUCUACCUCGGGCGUGUUCACCUACACCAACUCAACCAUACUACAUCCAGAUGAUCAGACCAAUCUCACCCCAAGUCUACGUCAGACACAAGUCAGUGUAAUGCCAACUUCAUCAACUAGUGUUGUCCCAACACCCAGCACUCCUAUGAGGGCUCCAUCAUGUCCCCCUUCACGAAGAGGGUCUACAGCCACAUUUUCCACAAACACUGGAUUAGCAAAAGUUCUGAAUGAACGAGGAAUGAACAUCACAAGUAGAUUUUCACCAACAGCAACACCAGCCAAUAGUCCUACAAAUUCCAGACCAGGAUCACCUGAACCAGAGGGCUACAAGUUACCAGGCCUGGAAGACCUUACCAAAACCUUCCACUAUGGAGCCAGCCUUCUUCGUCGCACUUUCUACAAGGAUGAUCCCUCAGCCCCUCAGUCUCCAGCAGGUCCACGUGUAAAUCUUGUUGAGCAAGUACAGGCUAUUGGUGUAGAUCGUUUUGUUGGGUCAUCUGAUAGAGCACUAACUGUUGGUGGAAUUGUGAUGUCACGUCCUGCAACCUCACCUCUCUUACACCUCUCCAAUCUCAUAAUGAGCAGUGCCAAGACCUCAACCAUCAGUAGCACAACAUCCUCUACCACAACUACUACUACCUACUCUUCUGCAGAUGCUGGUGCAAUUAUGUCAACUCCUAAAAUUCCAUCUCCUGGAGAGAGACGCCCCACACUUCCCUCUGGUGCUCUUAUGGGGAUUCCAGGACAUCCAGGGUCAGGUCACCUUGAUAAUCGUCUCAGUCAGCUCAAACCUGGUCAGCGUGCAGACUUGGGAACUGUUAGUGGUCGUCCAAGACCUACUUCUCUAGGUAGUGCACCGCCACCACGUGGUAGUGGAGUUGAACAAAAUGUUGGAACAGUAGGAUGGACAUCAUUUGGUCGUAAAGGGGGGCUACUGUAGGUCAUCUUCAAUUUCCUCUUCCCAGUUGGGUGCUGAUCUAUCAUGGUGCUGUUCCCUGCAGUACAUGUACAGUAUAUUGAUGAUAAACCAAAAAAAAUUAAAUUUUUUAGAAGCUGCAGUAAAUGCUCAUAAUUAAUGUCAAAUAGUUAAAAUGUGAGUUAUAUACUGUAUACAAAUAUGAUAAACAUCAUAUUUUUUUAAUUACUUGCAUUGCUUACAGGAACAGCACUGGAACCAGUUAUUGUUUAUCAAGUGUUAUGAUACUUAGUAUAUAAUGGUGUGGGUAGAGGAGUUACAAAUUGAAUGGAAUCUGGGGUGUUUAUAUUGAGCAGAUAUGUGUGUGAUUUAGGUUGAAUAAACUUUUUGUUUUUUAGUUACUAUGUAACUA